CAUUAACCAUUUUUCUCAUUUCAAUUUCAAUUUCAAUUUUCUUCACUUUUUUUUUUCUUCACUCAAAAUAUUUUCUCAUUGCAUUCACCAAACAAACUAAUGGACCCCACACCAUCCUUCAACCGCCGUUUUCCUCCCUCCUCCGACCGCCUACUCGGUGCUUUCAAUUUCACUCCUUCCUCCACCGUCACCAACUCCGCCGCCGAUGAACUAACCGAAGCUGAACUUUUCAAUUGGUCUUCCGACGGUUCCGAAUCUGAAAAUCAACGUCCACCGCCUCAACCAACAGAGCUUAUUCGUCACCGGAGUUUCGAUCUAUCUCAAGAUUCCGGUAUCCUCGCUGUCUUAACAGGUCCAGACAACCGCCGCGGUGAUUCGCCAGUGUUUCGCGGUAAAUCUCCGGUUUCAUCUUCGAGGAUGAUUCCUUCGUUUCCGAGACCGAAACCUUACAACUCCGAGAACGUGAUUCAGUCAAUGCCUUCUAGAAAGUUCCAACAAUCUGCUCCGGUGAAAGUUCCGAUUAUGCCUCCGAGUCAAUUCUCGAGACGGCGGAACUUUGAUGCGCUGGCUGUGCUGGACGACGAUGACGACGACGGCGACGAAGAGUUGCUUCCGCCGCAUGAGAUUGUAGCGAGAGGCUCUGGAGUUUCGCCGAGAACUACUUUUUCGGUUCUUGAAGGAGUUGGAAGAACUCUCAAAGGGAGAGAUCUUCGUCAGGUUCGAAACGCUGUUCUGCGCCAAACCGGUUUUCUUGAUUGAACCGGUUUUAAUUUUUAAUCUAUUUGUUUAUAUGUGUUCAAGUGGAGAAGUUCAAUUUUCGUAACUUCUUUACACCAUUUAGGAGGAAUUUUGGAUUUGUAACAUCUUUUUGGAUUCACUUUUGUUCUAUGCGAUUUUAUAAAUUCUGGAAAUGAUAAUUGAUAAUAUCAGUUACUACUA